CUUCACAAGGCUGCUUCUCGGGGUCAUACAGAUGUAGCCAAAUAUCUCAUAGAAAAAGGAGCAAAUGUGAAUGCUCAAACAAGAUCUUGGAAAUACACACCACUUCAUAAAGCUGCUGAGAAAGGUCAUACAGAAACAGUCAAAUAUCUGAUAAACAAUAAAGCGGAUGUGAAUGCUGGAAGCAAAUUGAAUGAAACGCCACUUUACAAGGCUGUGGAGUCUGGUUAUAUAGACUAAUAUAGUCAAAUGUCUAAUAAAAAAUGGCGCGAAUGUGAAUGUUGAAAACAAAUUGAAAAAAACGCCGCUUCACGUGGCUGCUUCUGAAGGUCAAAUAGAUGUAGUAAAAUAUCUAAUAGAAAAUGGAGCGAACAUGAAUGUUGAAUCCAAACAUGUGAGGUACAAACCAAUUCAUAACGCUGCUAUGUAUGGUAAUACAGAUGUAGUUGAAUAUCUAAUAGAAAAAGGAGCGGAGGUGAAUGUUGAAAACGAAUGGCAUGAAACGCCACUUUACAAGGCAGCUUCUGAAGACCACGUUGACACGAUUAAACUGUUAAUAGAAAAGGGUGCAAAUCCAUUCGUUAGAAAUGAUGAAAACCGAACUGCAAGAGAAAAGGCUGCUAGCAGUGGUUACAGCGAAGCAGCUAAACUUUUAGAGGAAGCAGAGAGUAACUUUGUUGCAGUUUCUAUUGUGAUCUCUUCGCCUGAGUUUCAAAUCGGAGACAGUGUGACACUACCAUGCAGUGCAUACCAAAAUACCACACACACUCCAACCACAGUCAUCUGGAAUAAGGUUAAUGGGUCUCUCCCGGAUCGAUCACACCAAAAUAAUGGUGUUCUCACAAUAACAAAUGUUCAACUCACCGAUGCUGGUGAAUAUAUUUGUCAAGCUGAAUUUAAUCGACAUUACCAUCAACGCGUUACAAUUAUAAUCAAAGACAAUCGUUUUCAUCAAAUCGAAAACUCUACCGAAAACCACGCCUGACGUCAGAUGCCUCAGACCAUUCAUCUGGCUGCAAAUAUUGAAAUAUAAUAAUGUCUGGAAUUUAUUGAAAAUACAAAUGAAAAAAGAUAGUAUGCAUCAAAUGAAAUUGUUUGUCUACUUAUUCAUAAAUGAAUAAUUUUUUAAGAAUAAUUAAGGAAAAACUAUGUUUCUGUUGUU